AUGCAGGUGUGCGCGCGCUUCUUUGCGUGUGUCCUGCUCGCGGCCCGCCUCACCUUUUCAGCGGGAUCGGAGCACAUCGAGGUGCCUGGCGGCACGGGCUCUUGCAGCGAUGAUGAACCGCCGGCCGCAGCCAAGAUUGUGAAAAUGAACGGUGCAGAGCUGGGUGUAGCAGUAGCAAAGUGGGCCACAGCAGAUUUUGAGGAGACAUCGGCCUUAUUCAUGCGUGUGGGCAUGCUUGGUGCCCUUGCCAACGCCUCGCAAGAGAUGGACGCGCUAUUGGAGGCGGCGGACGGCCAGGCGCUGCCCGCCCUAAUCCACUCGGUCACAAGGCACUCCUGUGGCGAGCUGGUGGGCGAACGGCGCUUGCCAGGUGGCAUGCUCAUCGAGGCUGCCCUGACUGCGCUGGGAACCGUCUCCACGCACGGGAGGAAGGAGUCGUAUGCACGUCUGGCGCGUAGCACGCGCCUCGCGGAGCUAGGCGCGCUCAACGCGACGGUCCUCGCUAUGGAUUCUUCCGGGCUCGACCCAACCGCUUGCGCGCAGGCCUGGGGAAUCCAGCAGGCAGGCACCCACAUCAUUGCGUCCGUCUGCGCGUCCGACAAUGUUGAGGCCCUAGGGCUGCCUGGCAAUGUCACUGACGCCGAGGCGAUGACAAGGCUGCAGAGCGAGGCGAGCUUCAGGCGCGAGGCGGCGGCUUCGGCGGGCGCUGUCGAGACGAUCAUCCGCACGAUAGCGGCGUUGCGCGACUGCACCGAUGAUUGCGGACUCCGGGAUAAGAGGGCCUGGAACCUGCUAAAGGUGGCACUACGCGCGCUGCGACGCAUAGUCACGGGCGACGCCGGGAAACAGCGGCGGGCGCGUGCGGCGGCGGAGCAGGUGAUCCCGGCCAUCGUGGGCGCCCUGGACACGGCGAUAUUCAGGUCGCCCGAGAUGACUCCAAUGGGGCUGGUGCAGCUAGCGAACGCGACCAAGGCGGCGCUCAUGGGCCAGGAUGACUCGGAGGGGGAGGUGGACCCGGCGAUCGAGCGGGCGUGGCAAGACGAGGUCGGGCGACGGCCCGAGCUGCAGACCAAGCUGCAGGAGGUGGCGGACGAGCUGCAGACACUGACGAGCUGA